CAACGUUAUCUCAUACAACAAAGAUGCAUAAAGCUGAGAGAACGCAAGCUCUUGGGACAUCUGCCUUUCUUGGCGUCUUUCCUAACUAAAUUUAGGAGAUUCUGAGGCAAGCGUAUUGAAAGUUAUGAUAUUAUUCGGCUUAUUUAGAAUUGAUUUUUAUUUAGAGUGGCAUUGUUUGUAUAAUCUGAAAUAUUGUGUUCAGAAUUUCUUUAUGACACGAAACCAAGCACAAAUUAAGCUUUUUAUGGGUCUAUCAUUGAAACAUAUCUGGAUUUAAAAUGAUUACGUCAACUGAAUUUAAAGUUGAUUGACAGACGGUAUUGCCUUAAAAUGAUUCACCGGUAAAUUAUGGAGAGUUUAAAAGCUAGUUCAAAGUCAAAGCACGUUCGUAUCAGCACCACAAGUUGAAUCAUCAUAAAAAAAUCGGAGUUUUUCAAAGUGGACAUGAACAACUCAAGUGAUGAGGUUUUCAAUGAUAAAUCUUCGUGUCCAUAUGUUGUUUCUGGGUUGCUCACAGCAACAGUUUCCCUCAUCAGUAUUUGGGCAUUCAUCGGAAAUACCCUUGUGACAGUUGCUUUCCUGAAAGACGUUACGCUAAGAACAAGCACAAACUAUUUCAUUGUGAACAUGGCUAUUUCUGAUCUGCUAUCCGCUAUGACGAACUGGCCGCUAUAUGCAAUUGAAGGAAUGCAAUCAGGAAAGCAUACGAUUAGUGACUCCAUUGCUACACCUGUAUGCAAGUUUUGUAUCUAUUCAAGAUCCAUUUCCCAGGCUGUGUCAGUCAUCAGUCUCGUGUUGAUCGUCGUGGACAGAUUCAUCGCCAUUGUCCGUCCUUUCCAAGCCACGAGGAUAACUGGUCGAAGCCGUGCCAUAUUAUUGCUAUCCACUUGGAUCGUUUCAGUCUCCGGUGCUUUUCCUUACGUCUGGUUUUCCAAAAUAGUCUUAGAAAAUCGUCACAAAUUUUGUAGGUUCAACUGGGGCGAAGAUCAACGUCGCAUAUUCUACGCCAUGGGAUUUGUAGUAUUUUACUGCGUUCCGUUACAAGUUAUACCUAUACUUUAUUGCAAAAUCAUGAAAUGUUUGAGACAAACACGGCCUACAGGAGAUGAAGUGCAACAAAACGUAGCAAUCCGCAACAGACAACAGAAUCAGGUUAUCAUGAAAGUCUUCAUAUCAAUCGUCAUAACAUUUUUUCUAUGUUGGACUCCACUGUGUGUUUUUCUUAUUCUCAAAAUGGUUUUACCCUCAUUGUAUACCAAAGAUUCGUGCUUACUAUCUUUAGCUUUGUUUUAUUACAUAUUUCCAUCUAUUAGCGCUGCAGUUAAUCCUGUCAUACUAAUUGCAUCUAGUUCAAGAUUCCACAUGGCAUUAAGGAACAUGUUUUGUUUCAUUACGUGUUCGUUUACUUGUGGCAGGGAAGUUAGGGUUUCACCAGAAAACGAAAUGAACGUACCACCAGCUGCAAAAUAAACAAAAAAUAAGAUCUAGAGUUUAAAAAGUUUCAGAUGUAUUACUGGCGCCUUCGUCUUUCCACUUUCAGUAAAACUCGGAUUUCAGUAAAUCGUUGUGCUUUCAAUAGUUUAGGUAGCAGAUGAUCCUAAAAGGAGAGUAAAAUUAUAUUUAGCAUAAUAUCGAAAGUUUUAAAAUUAAAUUAAGGUCAGUUAGUUUCUCAAAAUUUAAUAAUUCAUUUGAAUCGAUGGAUGCUAAAUAGAGGGCUUUAUAUUUUUUAUCUAUUCUAAAAAUCGCGGUUGCAUGUCGCCUUUACUUGUGCAUAUCGAUAUUGUAAUUUGAAGGUUAUCUUAACGACACGUAGGCAAUGGCAGUUUAUGACAAUUUUGGUAUGAUGCGCUCGAUUCUAGAGUCUUUUUAA